GGCUCUGUGGCUUCAGGGCUCGGAGAGGGAGAGAGGGAGGGUGGCAAAGAGAGUGAGUCGGUGCCGCCGCCUGCCUGAGGAAAGAGGAGGGGUCCCGCUUGCCUGCGCCCUUCGCGGGCCGAGAGCGCGAGGCACCCGCCAACCUCUGAGGCCUCCCGGCCCCUGGGGACCCCGCCCCGCCGCCGGCCGGCCGGCCCGCGGCCUCUCUUCCCUUUGUGAGCGCCCCCUUCCCAAGGGUGGUGGUGGUGGCAGAGGGCUGUGCGUGGGCCCGCCCGCCGAGGGGCCGCGGCGGGGGACCAAGAGGGCCUCGGCUGUGUGGGGACGGGAGGCGGCCGAGGCCCGGGCCGGUUCCCCCGAGGCGGCGGCGGCGGCGGCGGCUCCCGGCACUUCCCCGCGCCAUCUUAGCUGAGCCCAAGCGCUGAGGGCGGCUCUUCGACCCCAGUCGUCCCCUCGCCCCCCCCCCCUCGCCCCUUGUCGCAGAGCUUGGGCUGGGCGGCUCGGUGGGGCUCCGGGGGGGGGGGCGGCGGUCUGUCGCCAGGCCCCCUCCUCCUCCUCACUCCUCGCCCUCCAGCCUAGAGGCUACCGGAGUGCUGCAGGGGGCUGCGCCUGCCUACUCCACCCCAGACCUGUCGGCGAAAGGUUUAUGCCAACGUGGCUUCAUUCAUACAGAUGAACCAAGGAUUGGGAUAGCAGUAUAAAAUUAGAAUCAGACAGCUGAUUGCCCAGCAGGAUGCCAUCAACUAACCGAGCGGGCAGCCUGAAGGACCCUGAAAUUGCAGAGCUCUUCUUCAAAGAAGAUCCAGAGAAGCUCUUCACAGAUCUCAGAGAAAUUGGCCAUGGAAGCUUUGGAGCAGUGUAUUUUGCACGAGAUGUGCGUACCAAUGAAGUGGUGGCUAUCAAGAAAAUGUCUUAUAGUGGAAAGCAGUCUACUGAGAAAUGGCAGGAUAUUAUUAAGGAAGUCAGGUUUCUACAAAGAAUAAAACAUCCCAACAGUAUAGAAUACAAAGGCUGCUAUUUACGUGAGCAUACAGCAUGGCUUGUAAUGGAAUAUUGUUUAGGAUCUGCUUCAGAUUUACUGGAAGUUCACAAAAAGCCAUUACAGGAAGUGGAAAUAGCAGCAAUUACACAUGGUGCUCUCCAGGGAUUAGCCUACUUACAUUCUCAUACCAUGAUCCACAGAGAUAUCAAAGCAGGAAAUAUCCUUCUGACAGAACCAGGCCAGGUGAAACUUGCUGACUUUGGAUCUGCUUCCAUGGCAUCUCCUGCCAAUUCUUUUGUGGGAACACCAUAUUGGAUGGCUCCAGAGGUAAUUUUAGCCAUGGACGAAGGACAGUAUGAUGGCAAAGUAGAUGUAUGGUCUCUUGGAAUAACAUGUAUUGAACUAGCGGAAAGGAAGCCUCCUUUAUUUAAUAUGAAUGCAAUGAGUGCCUUAUAUCACAUAGCCCAAAAUGAAUCCCCUACACUACAGUCUAAUGAAUGGUCUGAUUAUUUUCGCAACUUUGUAGAUUCUUGCCUCCAGAAAAUCCCUCAAGAUCGCCCUACAUCAGAGGAACUUUUAAAGCACAUGUUUGUUCUUCGGGAGCGUCCUGAAACAGUGUUAAUAGAUCUCAUUCAAAGGACAAAGGAUGCAGUGAGAGAGCUGGACAAUCUGCAGUAUCGAAAGAUGAAGAAACUCCUUUUCCAAGAGGCACAUAACGGACCAGCAGUAGAAGCACAGGAAGAAGAGGAGGAACAAGAUCAUGGUGUUGGACGGACAGGAACAGUGAAUAGUGUUGGAAGUAAUCAGUCUAUCCCUAGUAUGUCCAUCAGUGCCAGUAGCCAAAGCAGUAGUGUUAACAGUCUUCCAGAUGCCUCAGAUGACAAGAGUGAGCUAGACAUGAUGGAGGGAGACCACACAGUGAUGUCUAAUAGUUCUGUCAUCCAUUUAAAACCUGAGGAAGAAAAUUACAGAGAAGAGGGAGAUCCUAGAACAAGAGCAUCAGAUCCACAAUCGCCGCCCCAAGUAUCUCGUCAUAAAUCACACUAUCGUAAUCGAGAACACUUUGCUACUAUACGGACGGCAUCGCUGGUUACAAGGCAAAUGCAAGAACAUGAGCAGGACUCUGAGCUCAGAGAACAGAUGUCUGGCUAUAAGAGAAUGAGGCGGCAACAUCAAAAGCAGCUGAUGACUCUGGAAAAUAAGCUAAAGGCUGAGAUGGAUGAACAUCGCCUCAGAUUAGACAAAGAUCUUGAAACUCAGCGUAACAAUUUUGCUGCAGAAAUGGAGAAACUUAUCAAGAAACAUCAGGCUGCCAUGGAGAAAGAGGCCAAAGUGAUGGCCAAUGAGGAGAAAAAAUUUCAGCAACAUAUUCAGGCCCAACAGAAGAAAGAACUGAAUAGCUUUUUGGAGUCCCAGAAAAGAGAAUAUAAACUUCGAAAAGAACAGCUUAAGGAGGAGCUGAAUGAAAACCAGAGCACCCCAAAAAAAGAAAAACAGGAGUGGCUUUCAAAGCAGAAGGAGAAUAUACAGCAUUUCCAAGCAGAGGAAGAGGCUAAUCUUCUUCGACGACAGAGACAAUACCUAGAGCUGGAAUGCCGUCGCUUCAAGAGAAGAAUGUUACUUGGGCGCCAUAAUUUGGAGCAGGACCUUGUCAGGGAGGAGUUAAAUAAAAGGCAGACUCAAAAGGACUUAGAGCAUGCCAUGCUACUGCGACAGCACGAAUCCAUGCAAGAACUGGAGUUCCGCCACCUCAACACAAUUCAGAAGAUGCGCUGUGAAUUGAUCAGAUUGCAGCAUCAAACUGAGCUCACUAACCAGCUGGAAUAUAAUAAGCGAAGAGAACGAGAACUAAGACGAAAGCAUGUCAUGGAGGUUCGACAACAGCCUAAGAGUCUGAAGUCUAAAGAACUCCAAAUAAAAAAGCAGUUUCAGGACACCUGCAAAAUCCAAACCAGACAGUACAAAGCAUUAAGAAAUCACCUACUGGAGACUACACCAAAGAGUGAGCACAAAGCUGUUCUGAAACGGCUCAAGGAGGAACAGACCCGGAAGUUAGCCAUCUUGGCUGAGCAGUAUGAUCACAGCAUCAAUGAGAUGCUUUCCACACAAGCCCUGCGUUUGGAUGAAGCACAGGAAGCAGAGUGCCAGGUUUUGAAGAUGCAGCUGCAGCAGGAACUGGAGCUGUUGAAUGCAUAUCAGAGCAAAAUCAAGAUGCAGGCUGAGGCACAACAUGAUCGAGAGCUUCGGGAGCUUGAACAGAGGGUCUCCCUCCGCAGGGCACUCUUAGAACAAAAGAUUGAAGAAGAGAUGUUGGCUUUGCAGAAUGAACGCACAGAACGAAUACGAAGCCUCCUGGAGCGUCAAGCCAGAGAAAUUGAAGCUUUUGACUCUGAAAGCAUGAGACUAGGUUUUAGUAACAUGGUCCUUUCUAAUCUCUCCCCUGAGGCAUUCAGCCACAGCUACCCAGGAGCUUCUGGUUGGUCUCACAAUCCCACUGGGGGUCCAGGACCUCACUGGGGUCAUCCCAUGGGUGGCCCACCACAAGCUUGGGGCCAUCCAAUGCAAGGUGGACCCCAGCCAUGGGGUCACCCCUCAGGGCCAAUGCAAGGGGUACCUCGAGGUAGCAGUAUGGGAGUCCGCAAUAGCCCUCAGGCUCUGAGGCGGACAGCUUCUGGGGGACGGACGGAGCAGGGCAUGAGCAGAAGCACGAGUGUCACUUCACAAAUAUCCAAUGGGUCACACAUGUCUUAUACAUAACUUAAUAAUUGAGAGUGGCAAUUCCGCUGGAGCUGUCUGCCAAAAGAAACUGCCUACAGACAUCGUCACAGCAGCCUCCUCACUUGGGUACUACAGUGUGGAAGCUGAGUGCAUAUGGUAUAUUUUAUUCAUUUUUGUAAAGCGUUCUGUUUUGUGUUUACUAAUUGGGAUGUCAUAGUAUUUGGCUGCCGGGUUUUGUUUUGUUUUUUAAACUUUUGGAAGAAUUUUGAAAAGGGGAAUUUGUAUAUAUGUGUGCGUGUUUGUCUAAGUAAGUACACACACACGCACACAUAUAUAUCAUGCAUAUAGUAAAAAGAAGUUAGCUAGAUGGGGGUAUUUUCUGAACACUGCAAAAAAAAGAAUGCAGCAAAGUGGCUUGAGUCAUCACUUUUGGGCAACUAUAUCCUAAGAAGUUUGUGAAAAGAUCUAAAGCCUUUCUCCAUACCCCCUAAUUCUUAUGAGCCGCUCACAGCAGGCAGCAUAUGCUGAAACAAGUUAUUAUGGAAACACAUCUGUAUCCCCUCACCAAUGUAUUUUCUUUAUUAAAUUGCUCUGACUUCUCAGCCUCAUUUGGAGUAAAAAAAGAAAGCAGAAAUCUAUGAACACUAAAGGGUUACAUUGACUUUUUCAGAAAGUAGAAAACAACUUAGUUCUUUUUCUGAAUGCUGCAUAGGUUUGUCAGUGAUUUUUUUUUUUUUCCAUUCAAUUGUGCCUUCUUUGUGGCAUGGUGAGAUGGAGGUGCUUAAGGAGAUCACAAGUUGUGUGGGAUUUGCAUCAGUGAACCUGUGAGCCUUCAAAGGAAAGACCAGAGGGUAAGAGAGGCCCCUGAAAGUUCGUAUGAUGGAUAUGUUCAGCAGCAGAGUGAGGAGAUGAAGCCUAUAUAUUCUGACAUUUUGUUGCUUAUACUGUGAUAUCUCAUCCUAGCUAAGCUCUAUAACCUCUAUAACUCCCAAGAUCCCAAACAGUACUUUUACUUUGUUUGUACAAAAACAAAGACAUAUAGCCAAUACAAAUCAAAUGCCAGAGGUAUUUGAAUGAUGCCAUAUUUGCAAAUUGCCAUCUGUUGGAAUUCUCAUCACACUACAUAGACAUAAUUUGAUUACCCCCUUUUGGCUUAUGGGAUUCCCUGUUUACAAGUAGAAUAGCCAGUUAUUUUAGUGUUUAGUUGCCAUAGUGAACCAGGAGUCACUGAGCCAAUGACUUUACCAGCUGCUGACUAAUCCUCAUCACCACUGUAGAUUAUGCUGCAUGUGCAGGGCCUCUUUUCUUUUUUUUAAUUGCUGUUUUUGUUGCUGCAGUACUUUACAAACAUCUAGUUCCUUGAGACUUAGUGACCAUUGGCAUCAUGUUAACAUCACACAAUAGGAAACACCACUUCCAGAAGUCUCUAGCCUCAGUGCUAAAGUACUACUGAAAAGGAACUAGCAAGUUUGGCACAUUAAGAAAAAAAAAAAAGUAAAGUAAGUUAUAGUGGUCAGGGAAUCUCUUGACAAAAGCUAACUUUUUUUUUCCCAGAGAGGGGCAUGUUUUGUUUUGUUUUGUUUUGCAAUGAAGGAUCAACCCAAUGCUGAAAGUCAGAUGUUAUUUGGUAUUCCACUGCCAGUGUGGAAAUUCAGUUGAAGGUGGGUAGGGAGCUGUGAGUAUGACUUGAAGAAAAAAAAUGUCCUUUUCCAGUGACAGAUCAGAGUUUCUUACAAGUUAUUUUCCUGCCCCCUCCCCAAUUGUCUUGAAGAACCCUUGCUGCUAACUCUGGAUCCUGCUUUUCAUAUAGUUAGAGGGCUCCAAGGCAGAAGUCUCUAAGUCUCUCUCAAUGAUACUCUUCACCUAGACCAGACUAAUGACCAAACAGUAAUCUAUCACUGUUGAAAUCUUGGUUUUCUCAACCAAAUUUAAGUCUUCCCCAGGUAUGUCAGUCCAGUCUCCAUGAAUCCUCCCCAUUAGGAGUUUCUGGCAUUCAUUUAAAGGUAACUGGAAGAAAAAUUAAUAUUUUAACGUAAAUACUUUUAAAACCAAGAUCACAAUAGAAUUCACACAGUUUUAGGCAGUGGUUCAGGUGGCACUCUGAUACAUUGUCCUCUUGGCCAUGCUCAAGAUCACUAGUUUUUAGGUGAACAUGACAUGUACUUAUAAUAUCUAAUAAAAGGGGCUUUUAAUUUUCUCAAUAUCUUUUUUGCACUCCAUAUUAUACAAAUUGAAAAAAUGAAUUUAUACAGUAUUUCAAACAAAUUAAUAUAUGUACCUAUAUGGAAGAAAAUGAUAGAGAGCUUUAGAAUUAAUAAAAUGUCCAAAAAUAUAAUGGAAUUUGAUAACUUUAAAAAUUUUUUAUUAAAUCUGGCCCCUCUGUGCUACUGGAGGAGUAGAUUAGGGAAGCAGAUCAGUUUUGCAUACAAGACUCCUUAAAAUCUAAAAUACUACCAAUGGAACAUGUUAAAGUCUACUUGUGGACUUAAAUUAGUCAAAUUGAGUUACCCAGUUCAUGCAGAUCAUAUGUACUUGUAAAAUCAUGAUUGAGUACUGACUCCAAAUGUCUACCCAGUAGGGCUUUGUAUCUGAUUUAAUUGUGUGGCAAUCAGUUUUACAUGUAGGUCAUGACUAUACCUGGAUUAUUCCAUUAAGUUAAUUUUAAUUAAAAUAUAUAUAGUUUGCAAAAAUGAUUCAAUUAAUUGGUUUGUGUGUGUUUGUAAGAUCUAACUUCUGAGAAUCUCAUACAUGGUAGGAAUCAUCAAGAGUAAAGCUUGUAACCGGAAAAUUUGAACGGUUUUUGGAGAUCCUAAAGAAAGAAGCAGGCACUUUCUGAAUCAGUGUGCAAAUGUAAACAUUUGAUCAAAUUAAUACUACCUCCUCCCCAGUGUUGUUGUUCACUCAAUAUAUAUGUGUUUAAGAAAAUAAAAAGUGUGAGAAAUUUGUCCAGCA